UUUUUUAAGGAUUAAACAUCUUUUAAAAAGUUGAUAAACUUUCUUUGAUGGGGGAAGAGAAGAUGAUAAAAGGGGGACCUUGUUUGGUCUUUUGGAUGUGUAGUGCUUUGGACUCUUCUUUCUUUUCUUUCUCUCAUUUUGGCUUGCUUUCUACUAGCUAGGGAACACUUCUCUCUCAGAUUUCAGCUCUUAUAAUCACAAAAAUAUUCCCUUUUAAUCUGUUCAUUCAUCCCUUGUUUUUCCUUUUACAUAUAAAAAAGAGAGAAUAGACAAUACAACCGUGUGUUUAGGGUUUCAAAUCGCGGUUGCGGUCGCGUUUUCGGUUAUUUCGGAUUUAUCGUGAUUGCGGCAAUCGCGGGUAACUCGGACGGCGACGAAAUCGUUAUAUCGCGGUCGUGGACCGUUUUUUAAAACCCUGCGUGUGUCCCUUGGUGUGUGAGAGAGAUACCAAGGACGAGGGGGGGGGGAAACAGAUUAUAGCAAGUGUGAUAAGGAUCGGGGUUCUUGCAAAACAUGGCAUUAGAAGCGGUGGUUUACCCUCCAGAUCGAUUUACCUAUGGUUUCAAGGACCACUUUCCCGGAGGAGGAGCUUGGGGUUAUGAUUUUGGCUUCCAAGAAGAAGAUGGAGCUCUUACUGUGAUUCUUAAAAGCAAUUUAGAACAACAAGAGAAUCAUCAUCAUUAUCUGCAUGCAAAUUGGGACUCCUCGUCUGCUUCAGUCAUGAAACAACAUGCAAAUGAACUAUGGGAUCCUUACUCUUCUUCAUCCGAAGCUUGCACUGCCGAUCAGUCUCUCCCCGCCCCUGCGGCUGCUGGUUUCCAAGCUCCAACGGAACCUCAACAAGCUUACAGUGCAACAACAUCGGCGACCAACGGUACUAGACGAAAACGUCGUCGCACCAGGAGCAGCAAGAACAAAGAAGAGCUGGAGAACCAGAGAAUGACUCAUAUCGCUGUUGAACGCAAUCGCCGGAAACAAAUGAAUGACUACCUGGCUGCGAUUAGAGCUCUGAUGCCACCUUCUUAUGUUCAAAGGGGUGAUCAAGCUUCGAUAAUUGGCGGGGCAAUUAAUUUCGUGAAGGAAUUAGAGCAGCUCUUGCGGACCAUGGAGGCUCAUAAGAGGACCACUCAACAGCCAGAACACAACGGACACUUUUCAGCCUUCGCCGAGUUUUUCUCCUUUCCACAAUUCUCCUCUAGUGCAACGUCUCAGUGCAACAAUUCACCGUCGUCCAUGGCGGCUGAUCAGCCCACGGCCGCCGCUACCGCUUCUGCAGAAAGCGUGGCGGAUAUAGAAGUGACCAUGGUAGAGACAUAUGCCAACCUCAAGAUACUCUCGAAGAAACGACCCAGACAACUCCUGAAACUGGUUGCCGGGUUGCAAAACCUAAUCCUCACCAUUCUCCACCUCAAUGUAUCCACCGUCGAUGAAAUGGUUUUGUAUUCAAUUAGCGUCAAGAUUGAGGAAGGGUGCCAUCUGAACACUGUGGAUGAAAUUGCUGCUGCAGUUAAUCAAAUGUUGCGCAAAAUCCAAGAAGAAGCGGCUUUUAGCUGAGAGAAACCGAGACAUAUAAAGCCAAUGUUUUUUUUUUGUCCUGCUGUAACUGAUCAGGAAGGGACUCCAUUGUUGUUUGUUAUCUAAUUUCUAGCAAGUAUGCAAUUUUAAAUAUAUUUCCUUCAUGUA